AUGAUCUCUGCAGCACCGUCGGCCCUGGACCCCCGCUGGGGCAGAUCUGCAGCCCACAAUGAGGCGUCGUGUCUGGGCAGCAAAAGGCCUGUGCGCUGGCUGACCUCUGAUCUGCUCUUUCACCCACAGAACUGCUCCGGCUUCAGUCCGCCCAAAAUAAACCAUGGGUGGGUCCGCUAUCCAUAUCACAAACAGGAGCCGGAGGAUGUGAACGCCAGGCCACCAGUUCUGCUCCACUGCCUCUCAAUGCUCCGUCUACCAGCCACAAGCACUCCCCAUCCCCAGUGUUCUAAGGAAGGAGAGGGGUGGUGGGGGGGGGACGAUUUGGAAAACUGGGCAACCUAA